AUGGAGCACCGGCGUAGUUACCACCGCACGCUCCUAGAAGCACGACUGACAUUCUCUGCGCUGCGCUCGCUCGAGCAGAUCCGCAUCAUCGAGGUAAACAAAGUAGCAGAGUCUGACUUGCACCAGGUAGUCCGGAGUUUGGACGAGCGCGCGACGGAGGCGGAAUUGCAGGGGGAUGCCCUCAACAGCCUGAAGAUGAGGAUCUCGGGACUGAGUGCGCUCACCAACUAUGCGUCUUUGUAUUCGAACUGUGGCGAGGAUCCAGAUGCACACUGGUGGAUGAUUGAAACGUCCAAGGCAGCCGACGUCUUACAGGCGAUCUUCGAGCAAACUGCUCUCGUGGCGGCAGAAACCACCCAGACGCAGCGUAGGCUGGUCCAUGACACCAUCGCGCUACAUCCUCUGGGUGCUGCAAUCGAGGAUGCCGCGGUUGUUGAGAAUGUAGGUCCUGAUCCAGAUAUCGAUGAACUGGGAGACCUUUGGGAUGGUGUCGCAAGAACCGAUGAUGCUCCUGCGGCGUAUGAUUCUGACCGUGGUCCAGAAAUACGAUGCGCAAUAUGCCUCGAGCGGUACAGUGAGGACGACCCGCCCUUCAGACUCCGAAAAUGCGGCCACAUAAUUGGCCAAACUUGUAUGCGGCUGGAUCAGUUCAACUUCCAACAAACUACUGGUGUCAUUGCUGAGGCCAUUGGCGCCACUGUCGUGGUCAUCGAGCAUCGCUACUGGGGUGUUUCAUCUCCAUUCGACGACCUAUCAACCGAGAAUCUGCAGUACCUGACGCUGAAGAACUCAAUCGCUGAUCUAGUGCUUUUCACCAAAAUUGUCAAAUUGCCGUUCGACCCGCAUGGCACUAGCCAGGCUCAUCGGGCUCCUUGGGUUCUUGCCGGGGGUUCCUACAGCGGCGCACUUACUGCCUGGACCGCGUCGACUUCCCCAGGAACCUUCUGGGCAUACCUUGCCUCAAGCGCUGUGGUCAAGAUCACCGGAAACUUCUGGCAAUAUUUUCUCCCCGUACAGGAAGGAAUGCCCAAAAAUUGCAGCAAAGAUAUGUCGCUCAUUGUGGACCACGUUGAUAAGGUGGGCACGAAGGGAACCGAUGAGGAGAAAACUGCUCUCAAGGACAUGUUUGGGCUUGGAGACGUUGAGCAUUUCCGAGAUUUCGCUUCAGCAUUGGAAAAUGGUCCGUGGCUAUGGCAAGGAAACCAAUUCUACAGAAACACGGGUUUCUUCGACUACUGUGAUGCCGUAGAGAACGUUGCAAGUGGAACCGUUCCCGGCGCGGAAGGAGUAGGCCUCGAGAAGGCGCUUGCUGGAUACGCGAACUACUUCAACGAAACAAUUCUUCCAGGCCUCUGCGCCGGGUACGGUUAUUUCGAGGGCAAGGAUUUGAAUAUAAGGGAAGAGUGCACAGCAGGGAGCUUGUAG